AUGGCUACGGACUACGGUGGUAUAUGGAUCGUUAUUUCAAGAAACUUUCUUCCGUUGAUUCUUCAUCAGUUGAUAUUAUUAAAGAGAUUGCAAGUGAUUGCAAGUGAUGAAAUAAGCACAGGAAGAGGACUAAAUCAAGAAAUGUCAUUGAAGCGACCUGGAGAUACUCGUUGGAGUUCACAUUACGGUACUCUUGUCAACUUGAUACAUUUAUAUUCUUCUAUUGUUGAUGUUCUUGAGUAUGUUGGGGAGAAUGGUCAUGACGAUUCAAUAAGGGCUGAAGCUGAUGAUGUGCUAGAAAUUAUAAAUAGUUUUGAGUUUGUCUUUGUGUUACAUCUUAUGAAGCAAAUCUUGGGAAUCACACAUGAACUCUCCCAAGUGCUACAAAAGAAAGAUCAAGACAUUGUUAAUGCGAUGAAUCUUGUCAAGGUAGCAAAACACGUCCUCAAAUAA